UUUUAUUGUUUCUCUUUAGAGUUACUAAAACUUUUGUCUUUUUUAUGUUCCUGAGAAUAGCUCAUACAGUAUAUUAGUGAAGUGUACGUUUGAGUUUUAUUUACUAAUGAUAAUUUGAUUAUAUUUUCCUAAAAGGAUAAUGUGAUUCCUAACGUGACAGCAUAUCGACCUUUUACUUUUUUGUUUUUGCUGAAAUAGAACUAUCUUAUUAAAUAUUUUCUUCUCUAUAAAGCAUAGCAAUUAUCUUUUCAACAGUCGAAGAAAUAUAUAAAUCAAUUCCUUUUCAUCUAGAUAAUUAAUUAAAUUAAUUCUAAUUCAGAUAAUCUCACUGAUUUUAUGUUAUGACUCAGUUUAUUGGUAUUAUAUCCGCUUUCUCGUCUCCUGUUGCAAUAUUAAAAUUUUUCAAAAUAUUAUCUCAUAAUUUAACGGUACUUCAGUUAAUAAUAUUGCUUAAAUAAUUAUGCAAAAAUUAAAGAAGUAUCGUGUGUUAUAUUUUAAUAUAUUCACAAAAAUAAUUUUCAAUUACGGUUAACUCCAUAUUGAAUUCAAAAAAGAAAUAUUAAUGAUAAUAUACUUUUGAUUAAAUAAAAACUGUAUAUUGACGAUUUUUCAUUCAAAAUUAUGGCAAUACACAUAUGUGCCCGUGUAUAUUUAUGCAAUUAUAAGUAUUACAUCUCGAAGUGAAAAACGUUCUCAAAUGUCCCAAACGCAUAAUAAAUAUCUGCAAUAUCAGAUCAAAAUUGUUAUUAAUCAAUCUUUAAGAGUCAUCAAUUCAUAUUGUACAAUUGAUGUCUCCUGUUUUGUGUGUCUACAAGAUUUGAUAUAUGGUCAGCACAUUGAAGCAAUAAGAUAUAAUUUCCUUAUGCACUUCACUUCGCAGGUGACAAGUACAAAUCGAAGAGCUCCAUGGUUACUUCACGCCUAACAUAUGAUCUCUAAAGCAUUCGUCGCUACUUGAUUCAGCAAUUGCUCAUAGUUUUUAAAUUAAACUUGUCCGGUACAGAUCGAAAAGAUGAAAUUAUGCAAUGGCCGUUAAAAGACGAAAUUAAAAGUUGCAUAAUAUCAUAGAAGAAACUCAUAGAAGAAACUUCCGCAAUUACUCUCACAUUGAAAAAGUGCAUUGAUAAUGUGAUAAAUAAUUUUUUAACUGUGUAUAAUUGAAAAUUACGAUUUUUUUCGUAAAUUUUCCUUGAUUUAUAGACUCAGUUUCGUUAUUAAAAUUCCAGAAACAAGCCAACAGCAAUAUGCGAAAAAGGUGGCGACUAUUUCACGCUACGGACUUUAAAUCCUUGAUGUAUCCUUGCUUCACCUUCUGCCGCAUUCUCGGAAUAUUCCCGUAUAGGAUCAACAAUUCGACUUUCGAGGCCUCAGAAUCAUGUUACAUUCUAUCGACCAUUGUAAUCUGCGCUUUCUGCGUCUACGGAAUAGUUAUUUUCUAUGAACUCGACAUUUCUGGAACGAUCAUGUACAUAAGCGUACCCAGAUCUCUUGAGCGACACAGUUAUUAUUUGCUCGGUGUUUUCACAGCGAUCGUCACGUACGUCUUGAGAGGUCCACGGCUGCUCUUGCUACAGACCAUACUGGAGAUCUCUUCAAAAUUACCUUCGGAAUCGUAUCAAAAGUUGUCGAGGCUAAUUUAUGUCAAGGAUAUCUUCAGUUUCUUAUUCGUUAUCGGUCUAGGAUUAAUAUGUUGCAUCAAGAUGCCUCUUAAUACGCUUGUGCUAACUAUGUUUGCACUGUACCUCUCUUUGCUGCUGCUUCAAAUGGACAUGAUGUACAUGAAUUGCGUUUGCGUAUUGAAGUUCUGUUUCAAAAAAAUUAACGAUAAUUUGGUGAAGGUGCAGGAACUCGUAAUGAGCGAUGAGCCGCAUCUACUCAGGCGAACUUAUCACGAGCAGAGGAAUCCAUUCCUGCUGAUGACACUUAAAGCCUUAAAAAAGCAACAUCUGAUGGUCAGCGACACCUUGCAGAUGCUGAAUACGAUUUUCAGUCUGCAGAUCAUCGUUACCGUAGUCUUGAGUUUCGCCGAGAUCACUUUUAAUCUGUACUUCUACAUAGUUCUAUCCAUGGCCAAAGAGGAGGAAGAAUUCUGGUACUGGUUUUUCAUCAUGUCCGUGAUAUAUCAUGCUGUAAAAAUAGUAUUGAUAGUGUGGGCUUGCGAUAGCGGCAAAGAUCAAGCUGCGAGGAUUGGCGUCACUGUUCACGAUAUGCUUAACAGUACCAACGAUAAGCAAAUUAAAGAUGAGUUGGAACUAUUUUCUAUGCAAAUACUGCAUCGAGAAAAUACAUUCUCCGCAAAAGGUCUUACCGUGGAUGCGACACUUCUCACUGCGAUGGUUGGUAGUAUCACCACAUAUCUGUUAAUCUUAAUACAAUUCUUGGUUACAUCGCAUUCCUGUGAUGGAAGAGCUAUCAGUAUUAUAGAAGUAAUCUAAUAAAAAAAAACAUAGAAAUACAUGAACACAAAAAUUAUAAAUGUAAUUUAAAAAACCGUUUGUGUUUUUAAGUGUUGAAAAAGCAUCUCUUUUCAUCGUUAUAAACAGAAUGUAGUAGCUUUAUAUUUUAUACUUGAGCUAGUUAUACAUAUAUGUGUAUGUG